GGACCAGCCAGGAGGGGAGAAGCACCUCCAGACCUGGAAAUAAGCCCAGACACUCCCGACGGGCAGGUUCUCUCCCUCUCACACGCGCUGCUCCGGGACUCCACAGCUCCCCCCACAAAGGACACCAUGAGCACAGAGAGCAUGAUCCGGGACGUGGAGCUCGCUGAGGAGCAGCUCCCCAAGAAGGCAGGGGGCCCCCACGGCUCCAGGCGGUGCUGGUGCCUCAGCCUCUUCUCCUUCCUGCUUGUGGCAGGAGCCACCGCGCUCUUCUGCCUGCUGCACUUCGGGGUGAUCGGCCCCCAGCGGGAGGAGUUCUCAGGCGGCCCUCCUUUCAGACCCUUGGCCCAGACGCUCACACUCAGAUCGGCUUCUAAAAAUGGGAACGACAAGCCUGUAGCUCACGUUGUAGCAAACCAACAAGCCCGGGAGAAGCUGCUGUGGCUGAACAAGCGCGCCAAUGCCCUCCUGGCCAACGGCAUGGACCUAAGCGACAACCAGCUGGUGGUGCCCUCGGACGGGCUAUACCUUGUCUACUCACAGGUCCUCUUUAAGGGCCAAGGCUGCCACUCCUACCUGCUGCUCACCCACACUGUCAGCCGCUUUGCUGUGUCCUACCAAGACAAGGUCAACCUCCUUUCCGCCAUCAAGAGUCCCUGCCAGAAGGAGACCCCUGAGGGGGCCGAGCUCAACCCCUGGUACGAGCCCAUCUACCUGGGAGGGGUCUUCCAGCUGCAGAAGGGCGACCGACUCAGCGCCGAGGUCAAUCAGCCUGAGUAUCUUGACUUUGCGGAGUCCGGGCAGAUCUACUUUGGGGUCAUUGCCUUGUGAGAAAUAGUCAGCUAUCCUUCCCCUCCCCUGCAAACAGUUCCUUUUGUUCAUUUGAUCCUUCGCUCCCUCAUCUUCUGGCUCAGAAAGGGAAUUAGGGGAUCAGGGCCAAACCCCAAGCUUGGAACUUUAAACAGUUCCACCACUCAGAAACUCAGGGUGCAGGGAUUGUGGUGUAGAACAUGGAAUGUUCACUCGCCACACCAAGAGUUUAAACUGGAGCUUCCGGAACUCACUGGGGCUCACAGCUUGGAUCCCUGAAUUCAACUUGGGGCAUCUGGAAUGUGAGGAUCAGGAAGCCUUUGGUCUGGAACACCCCUGGAGAAGACCUCACCUAGAGGCUGACAUGGGUGAGCCCCAGGCCUUCCUCUCUUCAAAUGCUUCCAGAAUCUUCCCUGAGCUAUGGAGCCAACCCUCCCCCACAGGGCCAAGCCCCUCUAUUUAUGAUUGCACUUGUAUUUAUUAUUUAUUUAUUAUUUAUUUAUUUACUGAUGAAUGUAUUUAUGUGAAGGUUAGCGUGUCCCGGGGGCCACCAUAGGAACAGCCUUGGGCCGGACGUGUUUUCCGUGAAAACACAAUAAACUAUAGGCUGUUCCUACCUGGCCUCUAGGGCUCUGUGCCUUCUUUUGCUUUGGUUUAAAAUGAAAUAUUUAUCUAACCCAGUGUUUUAGUAACGCUGAUCUGGUGACCACUGUCGCUGCAUCGCUGAAACUCUGCUCCCCAGGGGAGUUGUCUGUAAUCGCCCUACUGGUCAGU